UGCCGGGUGGGCUGGACCAGGCCACUUCCUCCCUUUGUUGUCCUCGUGUUUUCUUUUCUUUCUGACAUUUCGCUUGAAGACCACAUCACCAGCAAAUUUGGGAAUCACUUUGUAAGGCCGAGCCAGCCUAACAAGUCCCUCGCCAUGAUCCCGACACUGCUUCUGGGUCUUGGGAUAUACCUAAGCUGGGGACCGCUGGGGUCCUGGACGCAGGAUCCCGGUACCAGGUUCUCCGAGCUCAAUAGGCCCAGGGUGCCUGAAGGCUGGAGAAUAGGGGCUGAGGAUACCAGCAGAGACCCCAUCAGACGGAACUGGUGUCCCUACCAGAAAUCCAGGCUGGUCACCUUUGUAGCUGCUUGCAAAACAGAGAAAUUCCUGGUCCAUUCACCACAGCCGUGUCCACAGGGCGCUGCUGACUGCCAGAGAGUCAAAGUCAUGUAUCGAGUGGCCCAGAAGCCAGUGUACCAGGUCCAGCAGAAGGUGCUGAUCUCUAUGGAUUGGAGGUGCUGCCCAGGGUUCCAGGGACCAGACUGCCAGGACCACAAUCCCACAGCAAACCCUGAGCCCACAGAGCCAAGUGGCAAACUCCAGGAGACUUGGGACUCACUGGAUGGCUUUGAACUUGGUCACCCUGUCACAGAGUUUAAUGAGAUUAAGGUGCCACAGGAACAACAGGAACACCUGCUUCAAAAUCUCCAGAAUGAUGCCCAGUCGGUAGAAGAUGGCUUCCCAGGCCCUUGGGAGGCCCCAUCCAGCAACCUCACAGAUGAGACGACAGAAGCCAAUCUAACAGAAUUCGAAUUUCCUGGCAGGACAUCAAAGCAUCUGCUGCAGCCCCAUAUCGAUGCAUUCCUGAAAGCACACUUCAGUCCCAUCUGGAAGAGCUUCAACGACAGCUUGCACAGCCUCUCCCAGGCCAUCAGAAACUUGUCUCUUGAUGUGGAGGCCAAUCACCAGGCCAUCAAGAUGAUCCAGGAGGGCACUGUGGCUAGGGCUGACUUCCAAGAGCUUGGUGCCAAGUUUGAGGCCAAGGUCCAGCAGAAUAGCCAGAGACUGGGCCAACUGUGGCAGGAUGUGGAGGACCAGCUGCAUGCCCAGCGCCGUUCGGUGCAUCAUGCCCUCUCUGAGGUCCAGGCUGAGGUGAGCACCAAGUUAAAGCAGCUUGUUAAAGCUCAGGAACUUCCAGGGACUAAUGGCAGCCUGAUGGUGGCAUCUGCAGCAGCGGCAGCAAGGCCAGAGCCAGAGAGCCUACAGGCCAGACUAGGGCAGCUGCAGAGAAACCUCUCUGCUCUGCACAUGGUCACUAACCAGAGAGAGGAGGAGUUGCAGGGCACCCUCAAGAACAUGGACAGUGUCCUGAAGCAGCAUGCAGAUGAGAUCAAGGAGCUCUAUUCUGAAUCUGAUGAUACCUUCGACCAGAUCAGCAAGGUAGAGAGGCAGGUGGAGGAGCUGCUGGUGAACCACACCGGGCUUCGAGAGCUACGGGUGAUCUUAAUGGAAAAAUCCCUGAUCAUGGAGGAGAACAAAGAGGAGAUGGAGCGGCAACUAUUGGAACUCAACCUCACUCUGCAGCAUCUGCAGGCGGGUCAUGCAGACCUCAUCAAGUAUGUCAAAGACUGCAACUGUCAAAGGGUCUACUCUGACAUGGACAUCGUCCAGGAGGGCCACGGGGAUGCCAUGCACACCCUAGAAGAGACCCAAGUGAGCCUGGACGAACAGCACCAGCUAGACGGUUCUUCUUUGCAAGCCCUGCAAAGCACUGUAGAUGCCAUGUCUUCAGCGAUGGACGCCUACAGAGGAGAGGGUGAACGGGCCCGAGCUGAGAGGGCACGAAUGCGGAGCCAGCUGCGGGCUCUGGACCACGCUGUGGAAGCGCUGAAGACUGCAGCGAAUGGGACCAGAAAAGAGAUACGCCUACUGCAUAGCUCCUUCACAGCCCUGCUGGAGGAUGCUUUGCGACAUCAGGCCGUGCUGGCUGCACUAUUCGGGGAGGAGAUGAUAGACGAGAUGUCGGAGGAGGCCCCUCACCCUCUGCCGCUGAAUUAUGAGCAGAUCCGCCUGGCCCUGCAGGACGCUGCCAGCGGGCUGCAGGAACAGGCAGUUGGUUGGGAGGAUUUGGCCACUCGGGUGGAAGCAUUGGAGAAGGCCGCAGGUGGCUUUGUGGAGCAGCACCCACAGUUGGCAGAGGGACUUGAGCCUAGCCACGACUCUGGGAGAGAUGAGGAAGCCAUGGCUUUGGCAGACCUGGAGCAGGAGAUUCAGCGCCUGAGUUCUGAUGUCAAGCAGAUUGGACAGUGCUGUGAGGCCUCCUGGGCUGCCUCCCUCAAUGGCUCCCUUGAAGAUCUACACCGCAUGCUCUUUGACACCCAGCACAGCCUGAGACAGCACCAGCAGCUCUUCCACGGCCUCUUCCAGAACUUUCAAGGGCUGGUGGCAAGCAACGUCAGCCUAGACCUGGGUAAGCUGCAGGCCAUGUUGAGUAAGAAAGAUAAGAAGCAACAGAAAGGCCCAGGAGAAUCCCGGAAGAGGGAUAAGAAGCAAGUGGUGAUGUCUGCAGAUGCACAAGCCAAAGGUCUGGAGCUCUGGGAGGCAGGCUCCCCUGUGGCUUUCUAUGCCAGUUCUUCAGAAGUGGCCACUGCUCUGCAGAUGGUGAAGUUCAACACCACAUCCAUCAAUGUGGGCAGCAGCUACUUUCCCGAACAUGGCUACUUCAGAGCUCCCAAACGUGGCGUUUACUUGUUUGCAGUGAGCAUUACAUUUGGCCCAGGCCCAGGAAUGGGGCAGCUGGUAUUUGAAGGUCAUCACCGGGUUCCAGUCUACAGUACGGAACAGAGGGGUGGGAGCACAGCCACUACUUUUGCUAUGGCAGAGCUGCAAAAGGGUGAGAGAGUGUGGUUUGAGUUAAUCCAAGGGACAGUCACAAAGGGGAGCCAACCAGGCACUGCAUUUGGGGGCUUCUUAAUGUUCAAGACCUGAACCCUGGGCUCAGCUCAGCUUGUAUUAGACAUGGUAGGUUUGCCUGCUGCUCUUAGACUGAGCCUCUGGCCAGCAAUGGCUGGAGAACAUCUAGUGGCCUAGCACUUCCCUGGACACCUUCUGCAAAGCCCCUGUGGUAAGCAGCAUGUACCUUCUUCUGGACACACAGGUUGGGGAGACCAGAAUGCUGCUCCCUAGACUGGGCCCGUGCCUGGAGUGGGAGCUGGGCUUCCCAUGGCUUCCCCAGUGGCACGGCUUGGCUGGGCUCUGAGACACUCCCUCAAUUUCUCCUGUGGUUGGAAACUCCUAUACACUUAAGCCUUUUUCUGUUUCCUCUUUCCUGUGUUAGAAAGUCAUUGUUUCUCAGAAGGAAUGUUUACAGUUUUGACAUGCAAAAAUGUACCAGAUUCUCUUUCCAAUGUCUUAAAAAACUUGAAGAAAAAAAAAAAUCUUCAUUUUUCCUCCUGCAACUGGAAACAAGUCUCCAAUUACUACAGAAAAACUAAUCAAAAACAGUUUUUUGGGGCUGGAGAGAUGGCUCAGCAGGUUAAGAGCUCUUCCCAAGCGGUUAAGACUGCUCUUCCAGAGGUCCUGAGUUCAAUUCCCAGCAACCACAUGAUGGCUCACAACCUUCUGUAAUGAGAUCAGAUGCCCUCUUCUGGUGUGUCUGAAGACAGCAACAGUGUACUCACAUAAAGUAAAUAAAUCUUUAAAAACAAAACAAACAAACAAACCAGUCUUUCUAGUUUCAGAAGGGAGCUAACACCUGGUUGAAUUAGCUAUGGGUAUAUGGAGCAAGCAUGAAGAUCAGAAGUUCAGAGCUAUCCUCAGCUUCAUAACAAGUUCAAGGCUAGCCUGGGAUAUGGGAGACCCUGUCUCAAAACAACAAAAGAUGUUUACCCUCAGCCACCCUUUAUCUGUUUAUUUAAUUUUAAUAUCACGCCUCUUUCUCCCUGCUUCACUCUGUAAAGGCCAACAUGUCAAACAGGGACAACAUUGUGUGUGGCCUUCACCCUUUUUAUGCAUCUAUAAAGACUGUGCCCACUCCACCCCCACUCCCAGCAUCUCUAAGGAAGGGAAGGAGGGAAAUUAAACCCUACGGGUAGUGAUCAACUUUGGAAUAAAGUGAUACUCUCCAAA